AGGAUUCAUCCUGGAAAACAGAAAAUGCCUUCUGAAGCUCCUGUCUGCAGGGUUGGGGAUGCAUUUCACAGCCAUGAAAUGCACUAACCACAGCGUCGCCAUGCUGCUUUGUGGUGGUGGCAUUCUGCCCACCUUUCAAUGCACCUCAACCUCCGCUGUCAACACCCUUGUUCUUCCAGUUUGGAACUUGCUAAAGUAAAAAAAAAAAAAAAAAAAGUGUCAACUGACCUGAAGUCUUAAUAGAAGCAUUUGAUGUGGGCGCACCCUACAUAAGUGCCCGACUUUUCUUCCAAGGUGCCUCUGGGUGGACUCAGACCUCCAAUCUUUUGGUUAGCUGCCGCGGGCGUUAACUGCACCACCCAAGGACUCCUGAUUAUCCCGACCUCCACCAAAUUUUCACAAGAUAGACCUAAUCACAGGAAAAAGUCCACACAGGCUAGUGAAUCCUAUACCUGGCUAUAAAUCUGAAUGACUUUCCGGGGAAAUAAAAGCAGAAGUUCUAAAAGCGACCAGACAGAAGUACAAAGUGUCUACACAGCUUUGGCGCCGCAAUGUUCCAAGGUACGUACCCUCUCAACAUGAAGCCCUCUUCCACUCUCUUUCCCUCUCUUUCUCUCUAGAAUACUCAAGACUUCACCGAUGAAAACUCAGCAAGUUCUCUAUCGUAAAGAGUUUUGACAACCAAACUAAGAAAAUUAAAGGAAAAUAGUAGAUGCCACUCUGCAGGGGGCAUUAAUUACCACUUACUGGAUACAUUCAAAGCCUUCAAGAGCCACAGAAACCAGGCAGCAAAAAAGGAGAAAGGAAAGCCAUGGACAACCUCACCAUUGCGGCUGGGAACAGCAGUCUCUGCACCAGAGAUUACAAAAUCAACCAGGUCCUCUUCCCCCUGCUCUAUACUGUCCUGUUUUUCAUCGGACUCAUCACCAACAGCCUGGCAAUGAGGAUUUUCUUUCAAAUCCGCAGUAAAUCCAACUUCAUUAUUUUUCUUAAGAACACAGUCAUUUCUGAUCUCCUCAUGAUUUUGACUUUUCCAUUCAAAAUCCUCAGCGAUGCUGAGCUGGGAACGGGGUCGCUGAGGGCCUUCGUGUGCCAAGUUACCUCCGUUGUAUUUUAUUUCACAAUGUAUAUCAGUAUCUCAUUCCUGGGACUGAUAACUAUCGAUCGCUACCAGAGGACCACCAGGCCAUUUAAAACACUCAAGCCCAACAAUCUCUUGGGAGCCAAGGUUCUCUCUGUUGUUAUCUGGGCAUUCAUGUUCUUACUCUCUCUGCCUAACAUGAUUCUGACCAACAAGAGGCCGAGAGAUAAGAAUGUGAAGAAAUGCUCUUUCCUGAAAUCAGAGUUUGGCCUGGUUUGGCAUGAAAUGGUCAAUUACAUCUGUCAAGUCAUUUUCUGGAUUAAUUUUUUAAUUAUCAUUGUAUGCUACACACUUAUCACCAAAGAGCUGUACAGAUCAUAUGUCAGAACACGGGGGGUGGGCAAAGUCCCCAAAAAAAAGGUGAACAUCAAAGUUUUCAUCAUCAUUGCUGUGUUUUUCAUUUGUUUUGUGCCUUUCCACUUUGCCCGAAUUCCCUACACCCUCAGCCAAACCAGGGACGUCUUUGACUGCUCUGCUGAGAACACCCUGUUCUACGUGAAAGAGAGCACGCUGUGGUUAACGUCCUUAAAUGCAUGCCUGGAUCCCUUCAUCUACUUUUUCCUUUGCAAGUCCUUCAAAAAUUCCUUGAUGAGUAUGUUGAAGUGCUCCAAUUCGGCAACAUUUCCAGCCCAGGAGCAGAGGAAAGAGGGGCAGAACAGCGGUACCCCAUCCCUAGAAACGCCAAUGUGAACACAUGAACUCCAGGAAACAGGUCAAUCUGUUAGCGUUUGGAGCUUCGAACUGGAAAGCACUAUAGGAGAUGAUGAACAGUGACUGAGAAACAACAAGCAGAAGAAAGCACACGUCAUCUUCCUUUCCUUUUCCAAUAUAAAAGCUGUCUUAAGAUGUAGAAGAGUAACUACCAUGUAGCUGUGUGGAAGAGCCAAGUGCAUCCAACUGCCAUGCUGCAUACGCAAAACUACACAGAAUUUAGGAUCUGCAGGGUGUCAGCAAAAUAUUUACCGUGAUUCUCUAUAUGCAUUAUUGACCAUAAUCCUUUUUUUUUUUUUUUUAA